UCUUUAUGGUGUAACCAUCCCGUGGUACCAAGUAAAAGAAAGAAGUUGAGGUCGUCUAAGAGACUUGUGUGGCUCUAUUUUAUCAACCUUAGAAAUACGCAGUGCGCAUGUACGCAGAAAGAAGUACAGGCUGUUAUGACGCGUUCAGCUGAUUCCGCUCCAAGCCGUCCAUGGGCUGUCUAAAUCCCCCACACAUUGUAAAUUACAUUUGACAUGAAAUGCUAACAUAUACGAGUUAAAAUUAAAAAGGCUAAAUCUAAUACUCAACGCAAGUGACCUUCAGUCGCAGCUAUCAAUAUGAAUAAACUUAGGGCAACGAACAAUUGCAGCUAUGCGAUUCAUGCUGCUGUUCAGCCGGCAGGGGAAGCUGCGCCUCCAGAAGUGGUACACGGCCACGGCGGAGCGUGACAAAAAGAAGAUGGUCCGGGAGCUCAUGCAAGUGGUGCUCGCCAGAAAACCCAAGAUGUGCAGCUUCUUAGAGUGGAGGGACCUGAAGAUUGUAUACAAGAGGUAUGCCAGCCUGUAUUUCUGUUGUGCUGUAGAAGAGCAGGACAAUGAGCUUAUUACCCUGGAGGUCAUCCAUCGUUUUGUGGAGCUGCUGGAUAAGUACUUUGGCAGCGUGUGCGAGCUGGAUAUCAUAUUUAACUUUGAGAAGGCCUACUUUAUCUUAGAUGAGUUUCUGAUGGGAGGUGAAAUCCAGGACACUUCCAAAAAGAGUGUGCUGAAGGCCAUCGAACAAGCAGACCUGCUACAAGAGGAGGACGAGUCUCCCAGGAGCGUGCUGGAGGAGAUGGGCCUGGCGUAAUAUCUGCCGGCAACGCAAGGGGUACAAGCGGUGGACUUGACGUGUCUGUGCUGAACUUGAGAGGACUGAAACCUUGUCACACGGACGGAGAGAGAUGGGGCGUUUAGCACUGGAGUAUGUGCCUUUUGUCUUCAUCCUGCUCGGCCGUGGGCUAGACAGCGUUGUGUCUGUGAAAUCAUGUUGCUGAUAUCCCCAAGCGCCACUUUGAUUAAAAUACUCUCUCGGAAAUGCUCUUAUCAUAAGUCCAAAUCAUUUUUUUUUUUCUUUUUUUUUUUACGUGUUAUUUAAGAGACAGACGGUGAAAACAUAUUUUGUCAAUAAGAAUCAGCUGUGAAGCUGAACAGCAGCAAAGUGCUGCAUGCAUUCAACCAACGCCUCUGCAAAAGACGAGCUUUUCCGCUUCUGUUACCCAGGUCAUCACCUACAGUUCAUUAGAAUGACUCAUAAUUGAUAAUGAAGAUUGUAAUUUUCACCGCCUCUCAGGAAAAUAAAUGGAAAUGCUACACUCUCCUGACAUUUUCAUUUUUUUUUUUUUGCUAUUUUCUACAAGGGCAGAUAGGAAAUAUUUGAACACUUUAUUGUUGUUUUGGACCAGAUUUGAGCCAGCCACCAUUCUGUCAGCUUCUGAGGUUUUCAUGGGAUGUAAUUGUUUUCUUUUCAUCUUUGGGUUUCCAUGUUAUUAUUAAGACAUUUCCUUUCCUUAAGAUGUCCUGCUGAUGUUCUCUUGAAAGGGAUGGACUGUUUUUAGUGAUGCACUACUGAAAUAAACAAGAGGACUUAUUUCUCACAUUUUCCCCUUCAUUCCAGAGAUGUAUGUUUCCUGCUAUGAAGAAGGAUACAAAAAGAGGUUUAAUAUAGAAAAAGGGAACAGUUAUAUGUGAGACAAUGAUGUUUGGUACUGAGUGUGUUGUAAUCAGAUUCUAUUAAUUGAAUACUCUAGUAAUUUCCGAAUAAAAUAAAAAAGAAUUAAAAACAAAAAAGCUUCCUUAAAAGUGGAAUAUUUUGAGUACAGUUUGAUAAAAUUUGUUUGUCUGUCUGAGUUUGAGAUUAAAUGAAUAAGAUUGUGAUUCAGCAUGUUGGCAUGUUGUGUCAGUGUGCAGUCAGAUAAAGUAGGUGUGUGUGUUCGUGUGUGUGUGAGAGAGAGAGUGAGAUUUUAUAAAGAAAUAAAUCAUACGUUCAAUGUAA